UUUGACAUGCAAAUGCAUGUCGGGUCUCAUGCAUGACUGACCUGCUGACGUUGGAUAGCUUGUGAAUCGUGACAGCUGUUCCUGACAGUUAUUUUCUCGACCUGCGUGACUGGGAGCUAUUCAACAAUGGCUGACAUUCAGCCAAGUGAAUUUCUAUACAAGCGGAUUGUGAAUCCAGGCCUGGACAGAAUAAGUCAUGCCAACAGACUGGGAAUACAGCUCAAGUCGUCAUGGAUGCCGAAAAAAUCAACACGCAACUAUCCCCAGCAGCCACCAAAAUCAUCAGGUCAAAUUCGCCAGAAGUUGCCUCCAAAUCGAUUGCCUUCUGCUAGUAAGAGACCUGCGACUGUGGCGCAAAGAAGUGGGACUCCUCCAGAGUACAUACAAGACAUGGUGAUUCCGAUUUCGAGCAAUGUUCAAACAGAUGAAAUCAAUGUUCAGCGAUCAUUGUCACCUAGGUCAUUUUGUUCCACUAGCAGGUUCAAACAAGUCCCACUGCCAGUUGUAAGCCCAAGAAGUGCUGCCAAAACACCCACCCACCGGCCAAUGUCAAUAUGCUCAGAAAGAUACUUGACGAGUGUAACUCCGGAGAGUCGCUUAAUAUCGACCGCAGACGGCAGCAAACUAAAUGGAAGUGAGCAGUCUGUAAGAUUAGAGGCUGGACAGAAGGCUUUGGAAAGGUGUCGGACGUUGAAGAGGACGUCAGAGGUGAAGGGAUACCGGGUUGACCGGCUCUACUACAUGUCUGCCACACCCGCUCUGUUGCACAACCGGUAUAUAAUCGAUGAAAAUGAGUUGAAGAUGUUGCGGGAGAGAAGCCAUUCUCAGAUGACGAAGACACUGAGGCUUGGUGGUGGAGAAUACAGACAUACAGUUCAAGAGCGGGGUAAAUACCAGGCACCAGGUGAUCAUUAUUCACAAGUAGACAGUGCAACGGAGGUCGGAGAUGGUCACACUUUUAUUACUCAACCUGGCAAAGACAGGGACCUCAGAUCUAAAGAUCAAAUUGGCCAUCCAAGAUCAAGAAGUGUGGCUAGCAGCCACAGUGGAAUUUUACAAAAUGAGGAUGAGAUCAAGAGUAGAAAGCGUGUUGGGUCUUCUAAAAGUGUGACCUUCUCCGAGCAGAAUCUGGACCUCAAGGUCAUUGGCACGGGGGCAGACGACAGUGGAAAGGAGAGCGGGGUCGAAAGUGGGAUUGACGAGGCAAAAAUGGAGCAGGGUGCAUCAUCCAAUGAGGAUACAGGAAUCAUUGAUAAUGGGGUGGACAACGUUGAAAGUGGCAUAGACAAUGCAGAUGUUGAUAAUUCUGAUGAUGCAGAUGCUGAUAAUGCAGGUGUUGAAAAUUUUGACAAUACAGACAUUGAUAAUACAGGUGUUGAUAAUUCUGACAGUGCUAAUGUUGACGCUGGUGCAAUUCUUAAAAGAGAAACCACUGAUGGCAUGAAUGGUGACAACAGUUUUGAGAAUGAUGAAAAUGUUGUGGCUGUUCAUGAUGGCAUUGAUGUUGAUGGUGAAAAUAGUAUUGAUGGUGAUGAAAAUCACGUUGAUGACAAUGGUACUGAUGGUGAAAAUCAUGCUCAUGACAAUGGUAUGGAUGGUGAAAGUCAUGCUAAUGACAAUGCUGACGAUGGUGUUGAUGAUGACAAUGAGAUUGUUGAUGAAACUGUUGAAAAUGUUGAAAGUGUGGACGUGUUCGAUUCAAAUGGAGAGCAGACGACGUCUGCCGAAAAUGAAGAAAAUGUAAACAUAGAGGGUGAAUUGGGGGAUACAUGUGUGGCUACUUUAAGUGAUAAUUUGGAACAGGGGAAGGAAUCAUUGAAUGCAGAUAGGGAAAACGGUCGCACUACUAUGUUGUCAGAUCCUCAAGAUGAGGCUGAGGACGAUGAAAAUUCUGCUGAUUCUCUGACAGCCGAUGAGGUUUAUGAAAAUGAAAAUGUGCAAGGUCAAGAUGGUGCCGAAAUCAAAGUGCAGCAGGUCACCCUUAAAGUAACUAAUAUUACUGAUGUUGACGCAAUUUUGAAAAUGAUUUAACGUACAUUAGUUCUCCAUACGCCUUGAAUAUCUGAUAUAUUGAUGAGAUGGACUAAUUGUUCCUUUCACUGCUGUCUGCCUCUCUUUAAACCUGAGUACAUCAAUUUCUUCCAUUGUCUCCUGGUGUCAUUUAGGCUCAUCUUCUGUGCGACAUGCAUCUAGUUUUGUUGUAACUGGUCACAUAUUGUUUUACUCCUCACAUUCCAGAAGAGCCAAGCCUGGUUUCUGGUUUGUAGUAAACCAGUUCCUUUAUCUACCAUGUAAUUGACAUUGUUAUAUUUGUCAAGACACCUUGUAGAAUCAUGCCAGUAUGCCAUCUCGUGUUUGUAUACUGUUUGUGUAUUAGUGGCAGCAGCCUGUGAUAUAAUGUGAUAUGUACAUUUUACUUUAUAAAGAGAUUAGUUAUACAAGUGUCAUUAAUUAAUGAAAAUGAUCUUUGGGGUGUAGAGGUAUCACUAUCAUCAAGAUGUAUUCUUGCUGUAAUGUAAAGUAUUCCAACAGUAAUUAUGUCAUCAACAUAUAGGCAGAAAUAACUAAUAAAACUUAAAAGAUGAUUUGUAA